UCUCUCUCAUCGAAGCAGACUCUGUUUCGUGGUUUCACCAUCCCCUCGCCGUCGCCCUGUACUCGCGCCACCGCUUCCUUCCUGUUCCUGGCAUCUCCUCUAGAGACAGAUCUUCCCUACGCCCCCGGCCGCGGCAAGCCCUCCUCCCUUUCAACCCCAAUCGCUCAAACUCGGGCCGCUGCAGGAGCUUUUCCUUCAUGCGUUCAUAACCCCUUGCUACUGUUCCACGUGGUCGCCGCCACCGCUUCCUGGCAACUCCGGCCGUAUGCGCAUCAGGCCAAUCCGCCCCGGAUGCCAUCGCUGCUGCAAGUGCUAGCAGCCGGAUGACAUACCAGUGCAGCCCGACGGCCGUGAACAAAGCAUCCUCAACCUCACGCACUAACAGCUUAGAUGUUGAGGAGCGCCUUGGCAGAGUCAAGUGUGGACAAUUAUCUAGGAAGCAAGUGAAUGGAAGUUCAAGUCACCAUACAGCAGGAUCCAUUGGAAUGCCAUUACGGGCCCCUUUUCAAGAUAUUACAAAUGUGGUUGACUCACAUAGUUUAUCAAAAGGGAAACAAGCACAAAAAAUUCUUGGUUCAGUGGAUCAUCCAAUUACUGGGACAAAACGAUCAAUCAAUCUAUCUGGCAUAUCCAUACAGUCAAAUACUCCUUCAACUGGACACGUAAGUCUACCAACAAAUGCUUCCGAGCGUAAGCGUUAUCGUGAUCGGGAAAGAUACUUGGAGAUGACUCCAGAAUAGCGCGCUGCCUACCUGGAAAGGAACCGUGAGUACAAACGGAGAAGGAAAAAUCCUGCUGCAGUUAGUGAUAAUGCACAAUCUGGGAGUCAAACUUGUACUUGUACCAAUGGAAGCAUGCACACAACUAUUCUCACCAGUUCAAUUACAGAAGGUACUGGUCAACAUAAGCGUGUAUCAGCAUUCCUGGACAAGGGCAGUGGACAUAAGAGAAGGAGAAUGUCUAAUGGGGCAGGUCGUAGUAAUACUGGAAAGGGAACACAUGAAGAUGGUGUAGCCAAUGAGCAGGAAGACCAUGACAGCACCAUCUAUGUUCCAGAUGGUUCUUUUCCUGUCCUAGAAGAUGAAACUGGGCAAUCUGAAUAUAUGACUGAAGAUGAUGAUAAAGAUGAUGAGGGUUACAUAUUCGCUGGACACGGAACGGAUUGCGUAUUAUCAUAUCGAGACCAAAACCAUGCAAAUUGUGAAAUGCAAGAGGAUCCCUUUGAUUGUAUAUAUCGGAAUGAACCAAGUGGCCAUCAUGUUUUGGAGCCAGUGCCUAACUGCACAAAUUGCAAUGCAAAACGGUUCCAGUAUGAGAAUCCAACAUUUUGUUGCAUGGGUGGCAAGGUCAAGAUAGUAACUCCAUAUGUUCCUGAUGAAAUGCGCCGACUAUACACAAGUCAAGAUCCUGACGCUAAGUACUUUCAGGACAAUAUCCGAAGCCGCAGAAGGUCGAGUUAUUGAUGAAAUUCGUGAGUAUAGAGAUGCCCGCAAUAUGGAGAAUUUACUCUUUCGACCUGAGUGAGAUGUCUCCUCCCGUUCUACAGUUACAAGUCCAUUUGCCAAAUAUGCAUUUGGUCCGUUAUAAAGACUGUGACAAUUUGGAAAAUGUGAUUAGUAUAGAAUCAUCUUCCAGGACAAUGCUUACUGAGUAUUUUAGAAUGAACUCUAUCGAUCCUUAUGCUAGAAAUUUCCUAUAUAAGGAAUUCCCUGAAUUUUAUACAUGGCAGAGGAACCACAAGACAUGGAGACAACGUACCAAGAGAAUUCAAAUAGGUCGACUUGUGGCUGCUCACCCUGCAGAAGGUGAACGCUAUUACUUGAGAAUAUUGCUAAACCAUGUGAGGGGGGCUACAUCUUUUGAUGAUUUACGUACUGUUGAUGGUGUUGUUUUCUCCACAUUUAGAGAAGCUGCAGAGAGAAGGGGUCUCAUAGAAGCAGAUGAUAGUAUUUCUGACUGUCUCACCGAAGCUGCCACAUUUCAAAUGCCCUAUGCACUUAGAAGGCUUUUUGCUACAAUUUUGGCAUUAUGCGAAGUUACAAAUGUUCGUGCAUUAUGGAACAAUCACUUUGACGCAAUGUCUGACGAUUUUCGUAGGGAGAACAUAAGUGAUGAAGCAAUCGAGAAACUCGUGCUUGGAGAUAUUCGAUAUUUGUUAUAUUCCAUGGGAAAGGACAUCAAGACCUUUGAUCUUCCAGAUCUAUUGGAUGCUGAUGAUCUGGACAGCUUAGAGGCGAGAGAAUUGAGUGAAGAAAUGUCUAUUGAAGUUGCUAAAGAAGACCUGGAGCUGCAGGCAACUUUAAACAAUGAACAACAGCUUGCUUUUGAUGAAAUAAUGGACCACGUCUUGAACCAGAAGGGUAAGGUCUUCUUCAUUGAUGGUCCAGGAGGUACAGGAAAGACGUACCUUUAUAAAGCUUUAUUGGCAAAAGUAAGAUCAAUGGGUUUGAUAGCCAUUGCAAUAGCAACAUCUGCCAUUGCAGCUUCUAUCAUGCCUGGUGGUCGGACGGCACAUUCCAGAUUUAAAAUACCAAUAAAUGUUCAAGAAGAUACUGUGUGCAACUUCAGUAAGCAGAGUGGGACAGCUGAAUUACUUCGAAGAGCAUCUUUGAUAAUUUGGGAUGAAGUUGCCAUGACAAAACGGCAAGUAGUUGAGGCACUUGAUAGAUCCCUGCAAGAUAUUACUGGUUGUAGAUCACAAUUUGGAGGUAAAGUAAUUGUGUUCGGAGGAGAUUUCCGACAAGUCCUUCCAGUAGUUAGGCGUGGCACUAGAGCCCAAAUUGUUAAUGCCAUUCUCAGAAAAUCUUAUCUAUGGGAGGAUAUAAGACAAAUAAAACUCUGGCGCAAUAUGAGAGCACAAACAGAUCCAUGGUUCUCUGAUUUUCUCUUGAGAGUUGGCAAUGGCGUUAAAGAAUCAAUUGGUGAAGACUAUGUGCAUUUACCUGAAGAGAUGGUUGUAGGUUACACACAUUCAGAGACCUCGGUUAGUAAGUUGCUAAACGAAGUAUUUCCUUCACUUGACAAGAAUGGAAGAUUACCGUCUUAUAUAAGUUCUCGUGCCAUUCUUUCCACCAAGAAUACGUGGAUGAAUUAAAUGUGAAGCUUAUAGACCGAUUUCCUGGAGAAGAAAAGGUCUACUAUAGUUUUGAUUCAGAAGUGGAUGAUACUCACAAUCACUACCCACCUGAAUUCCUGAAUUCUCUCACACCUAAUGGCCUACCUCCACAUGUUCUCAGGUUGAAAAUAAAUUGCCCUGUGAUCUUGCUUCGGAAUUUAGAUCCUCAUAAUGGGUUAUGCAAUGGAACAAGGCUUAUUAUUAAGGCAUUCCAAGAUAAUGCUAUCGAUGCUGAAAUUAUUGGAGGACAACAUGCCGGAAAGCGAGUAUUCCUUCCAAGAAUACCUUUGUAUCCUUCUGAAGAUGAUGUGCUUCCCUUCAAGUUCAAGAGAAAGCAAUUUCCAAUUCGUCUUAGCUUUGCAAUGACAAUCGAUAAAGCUCAAGGUCAAACAAUUCCGCAUGUUGGUAUCUACCUUCCAGAACCUGUGUUCUCUCACGGUCAACUAUAUGUUGCAUUGUCCCGAGGAAUAUCAAGGCAAACGACAAGAAUACUUGCCAAGCCAAACAGGGAUGUCGACCCAUCAGGAAAAAGUACCAAAAAUAUUGUCUAUAAGGAGGUUUUGGCAUGAUAAAUGUAUAUAAUGCAUAACUGUCUUUGUUUCAUAUAUAUGAGCAUGCUUUACUUUGUCUCAUAAUAUUGGUAUGUUGAUAAUUGUUGAGAUUUUUUUAUAAAUAUACGCAUAUAUUAGAAUCAUGAAUAACAUAGGCCUUAUAUUCUAAUAUGUUCUAUAGAUAUAUGAACACAUAAUGUUUUCUGUUCAGAGAGAGCAUGAAUGGAGUAUUGUGCUACUAUUGUCAACUUUUUUGUUUGCUGUAGUUCUAAGUUUGUGUCCAGAAGAUCAUCAACUAGAUCAGGAUCCUUGUUUCAUGUAUAAUACACCGAAUCAUUUUUAUGUGCAAACCAUGAAUUUGAUUUGCUAAGCUGGAAUUUGGUCAUUUAUGUUUUUUGAUUAUGCUAGCCUUAGAUUGCACAAAACCAUGAUCGACAUUGCAGACUGGUUUUAUACCAUAUAGAAGGUGUUGUUUUUAUCUUGUCAUUGAAUGCCUCUUCGCACAUUUUUUGUCUCAAUACUUAACUUGAUACACUCUCAUGUUGGCAAGGUCAAUUGGAAUCUUAUGCCUUUAUGGAUCAUGAACUUGAAAUGAAGGCUUCUGCUGAGCUCUAAGCAUCCAUGCUUCAGGCAACAUUACUAUUAGGUGCCAGCUUCAUUUUGGCAUGAGCUACCCUCUUUAGUUGUGGAUUUGAAAAAUGUUAGUAAAAGAAGUGUAUGUAUCUAUAUGUACUGUUGUACGUGACAUAGCUGUCUAUAAACAAUAUGUGAGAUCAACCCUGAAAACAAACUCAGCUCGCAAAUAGCAAUAAUUGUAUGGUGGGCGAUUCUACCGUGACCUAUUUGGUUAUAAGUUAUUGAUGUUUGACUUGUAGC